AUGGCACCACGCCACUUCAAAAUCCACCACCGGGACCACCUCUGCGGCUCUUCUGGAGAUGCUUGCCGUGUUCAAGCUGACGACAGAGAACAUCACCACCCUGACAAGCAGCGGCAUCCACGGCACCAAACGAGCUGCUACCUCUUCGUCAAGCUGCAGCGGUCGAGACGCCUACAACCUGCUCAAUGUUUUGCUUCAACAACGCCACGGAGCCACGAGACACGACGCCGAGCUGAAGCCAGGCCGGGAGCUGCAACGACGUCGACGACCACGAGCGGGAGCCAAGCCGGAGAUCGACGCCGACGCCGCGAGCCGGGGAACGACGCCGAAGCCGAGAACGGCAAGCACACGGUCGCCGCGGCACCACGAGCCCGCGUCACCUCACCACGGCCCCGCCUUGUUCCAUGCCUCGCUUUGACCUUGACCUUCGACGAGCUCUAUGACGACGAGACGUUCCUAACUGCGCCGGAUGCCGAGCGAAACACGGAGCUAAUGCUCGAGAAUAUAAACGACCAGCAACAAGAGUUCGAAGAAGAGCCGUCUCAGUUCAGUUCCUUGCCGAAGGAUGCGGGUUUUCGAUGUUGGUUCUUUCUAGGACUAGCUCCCAGUCAGUUGUAUGUGGGAAUGGUGAGGCACACUACUGCAGGAUGGAAGUCCUAUAUUUCUAUUUGCUUCCGCUGCAGAUUAUAUAUGCUCUGAUUAAAUUUUAAUAUUACUAACAAGUUUUGAGUGCAGUUGUGAUACCGGUGCUAUUGUGCGUACUUGCGGACUGAUCAUAGGACAAGUACAGUAAAGCACAACGGGACCUGGGUAUUUGCUAGCCCGGGAGCCCACAAUUAAGAAUAUCAUUUUUUUUAGGGAAUGAAAUAAGAAUAUCUACUAGAACUAUAGGCACGGCGUUGCCGCGCCAUGCUAGAUCUAGCCAGCAUAUAUCUUGUAGCCUAUGUUAUUUUCUGUAGCUAUUUGGAGUAUCAAAGAAUUUGAGCAUUGUUUCUUGAGAAGAUUAUAUAUAUGGAUAUGCGAGGAAGAGCUGAAGAGGAUAUA